CACUACCUCCCGCCUCUCGGAAGAGGUGGGACACCCCGCACGGGCAGCGGCCCGGCUCGCCCGGCCCCAAGGCAGGCACCCACCGGCGGCAUUCCCUGCUGGAGCGAGGCGAGGCGGGGCCGAGGAGCGGCCGGAUCCCUCCGCGCCCACCGCCCUCACAGCCCGUGGCAACGCCAACCCGGACCCCGUUGACACGGGCUAGCCGCCCUCAACCAAUCAGAAAGGGAGCGCCCCGAAGGCUGAGCCAAUCAGAAGCCGGAACAGAUGGAAAAUGAACCAACUUCAGGCUUUGUUGAAUGACAGUCUUAUCAGAACAAAGCACGUGGAGAAUGCAGCUAUUAUCAACAUAAAUGAAAGAAAAGUCUGUGCAUCAACCUUUGGCUUUUAUGUGCCACCAGAGAAUGCCAUAAACCUGAUCUACACUUUCUACAAUAACUUAAUGCAAGUUAGAAGGGAAGGACUCUACUUCAAGCAGAAGCACUAUAAAUGUGUCCGAGCAGAUGAGUAUUCCAUCUAUCUUAAAAAUCCAGAUGGAGGCCUGAUAGCUGUGAAGACCAAUGCUUUCAUCCUGAUUGCUACUUACAAAGUGGGCAUGUAUCCCAGCGUGUGCGUGGAAGCUGUGGAGAAACUCGAGAAAAUGUUGGCAGCCCAUUUUGAUUGCCCAGGGGGCCCAGAAAAUCUCUAUGUGAAAGAAGUGAUGAAACCACAUCCAGGAGAAGGAGAAGUUCUUGUGAAGGUCUCUGCGAGCGCUCUGAAUAGGGCUGAUUUACUCCAGAGGAGAGGGAAGUAUCCUCCCCCCAGAGGAGCAAGUGAUAUUUUAGGCUUAGAAGCAGCUGGAAGUGUGGCUGGGCUUGGACCUGGCUGCAAGGGCCAGUGGAAGAUUGGCGAUGCAGUGAUGGCUCUGCUCUCCGGAGGUGGCCAGGCAGAAUACGUUACGGUACCCGAAGGCUACCUGAUGCCAGUUCCAAACGAUAUGACUUUUAUUGAGGCUGCAGCCAUUCCCGAAGCCUGGCUAACAGCCUUUCAGCUGCUGCAUUUUGUAGGUAAAAUACAGAAGGGGGAGAGAGUGCUGAUCCAUGCCGGAGCUAGCGGCGUUGGUAUGGCAGCCAUUCAGCUGGCAAAACUGGCAAAAGCUAUUCCCAUCGUGACAGCAGGAACUCAGGAGAAACUCAAAGCGACAGCAAACGCUGGAGCAGCUGCAGGGUUCGACUACAAAAAUGAAGAUUUUAGUGAAAAGGUCUUGGCAUUCACCCAAGGUUCUGGAGUAGAUAUUAUUUUAGAUUGUGUUGGUGGCUCUUACUGGGAGAAGAACCUCAACUGUUUGAGUACUGAUGGACGGUGGAUUAUUUAUGGACUACUGAGUGGAGGUGAUGUCCAUGGAGAUUUGCUUGCAAGGCUGCUUUCCAAAAGAGGGAGCAUUCAUACAAGUCUAUUAAGAUCACGAGACAAGGAGUAUAAGGAAAAGCUGGUGAAAGCCUUCACAGAAAAUGUGCUGCCGUAUUUUGCCCGAGGAGCCUCCCCUCGCCUCGAGCCAUUUGUCGACAGCGUUUACCCUCUGCAUGAGAUCGCAGAGGCACACAGGGCAAUGGAAGAAAACAAGAAUAUUGGCAAAAUUGUCAUUGAAAUGCCUGUUUCAACUUAAAAUUCAACUUAAAAAAAGCAGCAUUUUAAAAAAAGAUGAAACUACUGCUGUAGUUACUCGAUGGGUAGGAGCACUAUGGAUGUUGUAAAAGCAGAUUCAGCAAUGUCUGCUUCCCUAUCUGGAAUGAUUUAUUGUGGAAUGACUCAAAAAAACGAGGCGCAAAGCAAGGCCUUACAGAACACAUUUAAUAAAAA